GACUGGUUGUAAACCGUUUUGGCAAUUCCAAUGAAAGAAAUUGAAAAUAUAUCCUUGAUAGAUUCAUAUCUAAAAGAGUAAAUCUUGAAAUGAAUGAAGACAUGUAAUCAACGAUUUCAAACAACGUUUUCCCUGCAAAUAACAGUAAUAUCUGGUGAUGAAACCGCAGUUUGCCUUGCUGAUAUUUUUUAUAAUCUAUUCUGUCGGACACGCUUCAGACAACAGCAAAAAGCUUGAACAAAACUUGGCCUUAAAAGACCCUGGAAAUGGGAAUAACGAGAAAGAGACUCACAAAGUUUCUUCCAGCGAUGAAAGUUGGACAAACACAAAAGAAAAAGCAUCAAAAUCGAUCGCAAAGCAGAAUACAAAGAUAUACAAGAAGAACAAAGGCGAUAAUCUUAAACUGAAGAAGGUAGAAAGGGUAGAUUUGGGGUUGAAGACUUUGAAAACUGCGAAAUUAGAGGAAAAGAAGAGCACUCUUGGCUCAGGGAAAAGGCAAAAUGUGUUAACAGCUGAUCCAAGCCAUCAAAGGCUGUUCCAUAUCGAUGAGACGGGUACGUUACAUCGACAUGAAGUGGGUCCGGAGGAAUAUUUCACACCCGAAGGAAAACCAGAGACGUUCAGCAAUGACAAACUAUUAACUAGGGAGAAUCUGGUUAAUCUUCGACCUUCCCAAGGUGCGGCGGUUGAUGCAUCAUUGCGACAGGGGCUAUACACUCCCCUUGCCCAACCAAGUGGGUCUACUCCAGGAAAUCUCCCACAAAUCCAGCCCGGAGCCCCAGUCGCUUUUCUCCAGCAGCCUUCAUCAUCGUCAAGGCCAAUAACCUCGGGACCUCCCCGUCGUUUUUACCUCAUGCAAUAUCGCAGUCCAGCCAACCCAGAAUCACGAGACCAGAGGCCAAGUAAUGAAGAGGCUCAGUUGCCAGGGUUACAACGCGUGUACAUACAGCAAUUGCGUCCACCAAGCUCUUUACCCUACCGUCCACCGUUUCCACAAAUCUUCAAUAACAACCCAGCGCCAUUUCCAGUGCCCAUAGCAACUCCGCCUGAAAUUCAGAAAGUACCCUACCCGGUCCCAGUGCCCGUGCAAACACCGCCACAAAUACGCGUCCAAAAGGUGCCUGUCGCAGUGCCACAGUUGGUACGUGUACCAGAAGUUCACAAAGUACCAGUACCUAUACCAGUACAGACUCCACCUGAAAUUCGCGUGCAGAAAGUACCAGUGCCUGUCCCUCAACCUUUCCCUGUUCCACAGCCAGUACCCUACCAACGUCCACCAUUGAUGAGGGCAUUUGUGGGCCCUCGCCCGAUUAUUCCAGUUCCUGUAGGUUUAAGCGAAUGCGACACAAAUCCAUGUAGAAAUGGAGGAACUUGUUACUCAGUCGACGAUAUUCGGUCCUACAGAUGUCACUGCACCUCAGGAUUCAAGGGAACCCAUUGCGAAGAAACAAGCAAAUGUCACCCGAAUCCUUGUGAAAAUCUUGGAGAAUGCACGGUGCUAAAAAGUGGGUUCGAAUGCAGCUGCAGGAGGGGAUUUCGUGGAGCAAGAUGCGAGGUGCGAGAUCAAUGUCACCCAAGCCCUUGCAGAAAUGGCGGAAGUUGCACCUCGGUUGGAAACGAAUACGCUUGUAGCUGUAUCUUUGGGUUUAUUGGCAAGAACUGCGAAGUGGAGUCGAAAUGUUUCCCUCUGAAUCCUUGCAAACAUGGCGGUAUCUGUCAUGAAGAUGUCACAAGUUACAAAUGCACUUGUCAGCGAGGUUGGGAAGGAAUGAGUUGCGAAACUCCAGACCCUUGUUCUCGUAUGCCGUGUUAUAACGGCGGAGUAUGUCGACCUAUGGGGAUGUCUUAUACAUGCACGUGUCCUAUGGGAUACCUUGGAAAAACAUGCCAGAUGGAAUCACAGUGUCUAAAUGGUAAUCCAUGUCGAAAUGGAGGCAAGUGCUACGAACAUAACUUUGAUGGAUACAGAUGCCAUUGCAAUAACAGAUGGACCGGGGAACAUUGCGAGAUUCCAUCGCGCACCAUGUACUACUAAAGUUGAUUGAAAACAUGAUCAAGCAGAAAAAGAAGAAAAAAGCAUUCAUAGACGACAAACAGAAAGACCAGUGCAAAGAACACGAAUUUUAUAACCCAUUGAAGAUACGAUUAUUUUAUUUCCGAGAUGAGGAUGAAUGAAAUGAACACCAAAUUAUCACCUUUCAUAGGUUAACUCUCGUUUUUAUUAAGACAAUGUUUGUUUAAUCAUACUAUUGUGGCCAAGUUGAAUGACUUAUUUUUAGCCAAAGACAUCAUCAUUUGCUUCUGUCGUUCAUGGGUGACAUUCAAAAUAUAAUAUGUAUAACGAACAACAUAUGGUUGUAACAAUAGAAGAUAUUUUGACCUGGAAUUUGUAUCUAGAGCAGUCAUUUGGAAAAAAAUAUUUUACGAA